GUUUUUUAUUGAAGGAUUCAAAGGGUGUGGUUCCGUGUAGGGUUUUCCUCCGGUUCGGUCACUUCCUUACAAAUCUCUAUCUCCUCUGCAACAAUGGACGAUCCGGACAUAUUUGGUGAUGAUAUAGAUUAUGAGGUUAGUGGUUGUAAAAAAUUAAAUGUAAAGGUUGAUGAAGGCCACGUUAUGCGUCUUUCAAAGGCUUGUCUCCUAGACAAUACGGAGAAAAUAGACGUGGCUGUUUGUUUGCAAAUCAGUGUUGAAGGCAAACAACAUGUUAUUGGACACCUGAACCCUCUUAGCCGGACCCAACAAGAUUUGGCCUUGACGAUUCACAAGGACUUCAAAAUAUUUCACACUUGGAGUAAUGGCAUUGUCUGCUUCUCUGGAUACCAAAUGUUGAUGAUAAUGAAGAGGAAUGGCCAACAAAGAAGGUACUCUGGUAUGGUUUGUUUUGAUGUUGCAUCGCAUCUUCAAUUUGGGGAUUCCAGCGACCUCUUGACUGUUCCUAUUUUGAUCUGGAAGAAAACGCGAAGGGAAAGGGAAAGGCAGAUCGGAGAUAGAACAACAAUAGGUGGGGGCAUUUGGGUUGCUAUGAAGCCAACGAUAAACACAAGGAAAAUGGGAGGGGGUUGUUGCCCUCCUGAUAGCCGAAAACCCCCACCUCUGGUGGAGGGUUUCUCGAUUAAUACUGAAGAAGAAGAAGAGAGACAGUAA